GACAGCCGACAGUCUGACAGACCGCCGUUGUGUAUUGUUUAAUUUUACGAAAAAUAAAUAAAGUAUUCAUGAUUAAAAAUUAGGUUUGAAUAAAUAGUAAAUCAUGGCUUACCACUACGUAGUUACUGCACAGAAACCAACGGCUGUAACAGCAUGUAUUACAGGCAACUUCACAUCGCCAACAGAUCUCAAUCUGUUGGUGGCAAAGGUGUCACGUCUAGAAAUGUACUUGGUGACACCAGAAGGUCUCCAUCCCAUGAAGGAAGUUGGGCUGUAUGGCAGAGUCGCCAAGAUGAAACUAUUUAGGCCACCUUACGAAAACAAAGAUCUAGUCUUCAUUCUUACUGCAAGAUAUAACGCAAUGAUAUUGGAAUGGAGGACAGGGCCCAAUGGUGAUCUUGAAGUGGUUACCAGAGCUCACGGUAAUGUGGCUGAUCGUAUAGGAAAGCCUUCGGAGAAUGGCAUCCUGGCUGUGAUCGAUCCACAAGCAAGAGUAAUCGGUCUAAGACUGUAUGACGGUCUGUUUAAGAUAAUACCUCUUGAUAAGGAUUCUACUGAGCUGAAAGCUGCUAGUCUGAGGUUGGAAGAACUGAAUGUGUAUGAUUUAGAAUUCUUGCAUGGAUGUGCCAACCCCACUUUAAUAUUAAUUCACCAAGAUCUCAAUGGAAGACAUAUAAAAACACAUGAAAUAAAUUUAAGAGAUAAGGAGUUCAUGAAGAUACCAUGGAAACAGGACAAUGUUGAAACUGAAGCAUCUAUUCUUAUACCAGUGCCAAGUCCUUUGGGUGGAGCCAUAGUCAUUGGACAAGAGUCCAUAGUAUAUCACGAUGGACAGAGCUAUGUAGCUGUAGCACCUCCACAGAUUAAGAUGACACCAAUAAACUGCUACUGCCGCGUGGACACCCGCGGCCUGCGAUACUUGUUGGGCGAUAUAGCUGGUCGGCUCUUCAUGUUGUUACUGGAGUUGUAUGAGAGAGUUGAUGACACUCAUGCUGUAAAGGAUCUCAAGGUGGAACUGCUUGGUGAAAUACCAAUCCCAGAAUGUAUGACAUACCUAGACAACGGUGUGGUCUUCAUCGGUUCCCGCCUGGGAGACUCUGCCCUCGUGCGUCUGUCGGCCAACCGUGAUGACUCCAACCAGUAUGUGAAGGUGAUGGAGACGUUCACCAGCCUCGCUCCGAUAGUUGAUAUGUGUGUGGUGGAUCUCGAGAGGCAGGGACAGAAUCAGCUCAUUACAUGCUCUGGUGCGUUCAAGCAAGGAUCGCUACGUAUAAUACGCAACGGUAUCGGCAUACAGGAGCAGGCCUCCAUCGACUUACCGGGCAUCAAGGGCAUGUGGGCUCUCACCCUGACCCACAACUCUCCGUACCACGACACAUUGGUAUUGGCCUUCGUUGGACAGACCAGAGUAUUAACGCUGAACGGCGAAGAAGUUGAAGAGACCGAAAUAAAAGGAUUUGUAUCCGAUAGACAGACAUUCUUCACGGGAAAUGUCUGCCACAACCAGCUUAUACAGGUAUGUAAUUUGAUUAAAUAUUCUAAAGCAUAUGCCUUCGGUUCCCCCACUCACCGAAUGAAACACGGUAGAAUGCUAAUAUUUCACGCUGAUCUUCUGUGGGAGUAUGUUAAUAAAAAUAGUUCGCGAUUGAAAACUCACUCCUUAUCCUGACUUUUCUUGCUGAUUUACUUCAAAUUGUAAAUGUUAAUAGAGUGUGAGGUGUGCAUGGAGGAAGAAGUGGCGUGUCUAGACCUCGGUCCCGGCGAUGAAGAAGCACUGCUGGGCGUGGGGCUUUGGACCGACAUCUCAGUCAGAGUGCUGAAGCUGCCUGACCUUAGGCCAUUACACACUGAGAAGUUAUCUGGAGAGAUAAUACCGCGAUCGCUGCUCAUAUGCGUGCUGGAGGGCGUGUGCUACCUGCUGUGCGCCCUCGGGGACGGUUCCAUGUUCUACUUCACCGUGGACCAGGAGACUGGAGCGCUGUCUAAUAAGAAACGAGUCACUUUGGGCACGCAGCCAACCGUGCUCAGGAGUUUUAGGUCCCUCUCAACGACGAACAUAUUCGCGUGCUCGGACCGGCCGACGGUGAUCUUCUCGUCGAACCACAAGCUGGUGUUCUCCAACGUCAACCUGAAGGAGGUCACGCACAUGUGCUCGCUGAACGCGCAGGCCUAUCCGGAUAGCCUGGCGCUGGCGACGGACAGCACGGUGACGAUCGGCACCAUCGACGAGAUACAGAAGCUGCACAUCCGCACCGUGCCGCUGCACGAGACGCCGCGCCGCAUCGCCUACCAGGAGGCGUCGCAGACGUUCGGCGUGAUCACGAUGCGCGUGGACAAGCUGGAGUUCUCAUGCCCUGACGCCGGAGUGGAAAUAUGUAGCCUGCUGAUUAUAAUACACCAUCACACGUUUGAGGUGAUGCUGCACGCGCACCAGCUGCAGGCGAGCGAGUUCGCGAUGUCGCUGGUGUCGUGCCGGCUGGGCGACGACCCGGCGCACUACUACGCGCUCGGCACCGCCAUACUCAACCCGGAGGAGUCCGAGCCCAAGCAGGGUAGAAUAAUAUUAUUCCACUGGUCAGAGGGCAAACUGACACAGGUAGCAGAAAAGGAAAUCAAAGGCGGAUGUUACACACUUGUAGAAUUUAAUGGGAAACUACUCGCCUCAAUAAAUAGUACUGUAAGAUUAUUCGAAUGGACGUCAGAGAAGGAGUUGCGUUUAGAAUGCAGCCAUUUCAACAACAUAGUGGCCCUCUACCUCAAGGUGAAGGGUGACUUCAUACUGGUCGGUGACCUCAUGCGCUCCAUGUCACUGCUGCAAUAUAAACAGAUGGAGGGUAGUUUCGAAGAAAUAGCGCGGGACUACAGUCCGAACUGGAUGACGGCCGUCGAGAUACUAGACGACGAUACAUUCCUCGGCGCUGAAAAUAGCUUCAAUUUGUUCGUCUGUCAGAAGGACAGCGCGGCGACGACGGACGAGGAGCGGCAGCAGAUGGGCUACAUGGGGCAGUUCCACAUCGGCGACAUGGUCAACGUGAUGCGGCUCGGCUCGCUCGUGGGGCAGAGCGCCGACACCGCCGCGCCCGUCGCCAACCCCGCCCUGCUCGCCACCGUCACCGGCGCCAUCUGCCUGGUGGUGCAGCUAUCGCCGGAGCUGUACGAGUUCCUGCACCAGCUGGAGGAGCGGCUGACGCACGCGAUCAAGUCGGUGGGGCGCAUCCCCCACUCUUUCUGGCGCUCCUUCAACACGGACAUCAAGACGGAGCCGGCCGAGGGCUUCGUGGACGGGGACCUCAUCGAGAGCUUCCUCGACCUGCAGCGCGACGUGCAGCGCGAGGCCGUGCAGGGCCUGCAGAUCGACGACGGUGGUAUAAUGCGGGAUGCGACGGUGGAUGACCUAAUCAAAAUAGUAGAAGACCUUACGCGAAUACACUAAAUACUUAAUGUUUCCUUAAUAAAUAUUAUAUUUAAUUCAC